UCCUCAAAAGGGACACUCAUUAAGACUGUGAGAACCUCUGUUCACAUCUAUAACCUGCAUUCAUCACAGCAAGAAUGGGAAAGGUUCCUCUGGAGGACAACCAUGCAAAAGAAAAGAAAACUGAAUUCAGCUUAGUGCGAGUCAAAGGUACCUGGAAGCGCAAAGUGGGAAAGAAGGUCAAUAAGGACACAGUCAACUGUGUCUCUGCUGCAAAAAUCUAUGAGAGCAUCACGGAGAAGAGCACAACUUGGACAGUGGUCAGCCCCAUUGUCUUUACUUACAAGGUAACUGAGACUCGGAACUUGCUGGACCCAUGCAAUGACACACUCCUGUUGGGUCACAUCACCGACCCGCAGCAGGUGGAGGACAUUAAAAAAUCAAGUAAGCAGCUCAAACGCUUUGUGGUUGUUGACCAGGAAGUCUACAAAAUCUAUGGUUCCAAGCUAACUGCAUACUUAGAAGCCAACAAUGUCCUGUACAAGGUCAUGGCUCUACCCACCACUGAAGAGAACAAAUCCAUGGAAAUGGCCUUGAAGAUCCUAGAAGAGGUCAACAACUUCUCUCUUGACCGCCGCAGAGAGCCCAUUAUUGCCAUCGGUGGAGGGGUGUGCCUGGACAUAGUGGGCCUGGCUGCCUCACUCUACAGGAGACGCACUCCUUACAUCAGGGUCCCAACCACUCUGCUCUCCUACAUCGAUGCCAGCGUGGGGGCAAAGACAGGGGUUAACUUUGCAAACUGCAAGAACAAGCUGGGCGCCUACAUUCCACCCACUGCUGCCUUCCUUGACCUCUCCUUCAUACAAACUGUUCCUCGACGGCACGUCUCCAACGGGCUGGCAGAGAUGUUAAAGAUGGCCUUGAUGAAGCACAGAGGCCUCUUUGAGCUUCUUGAGAAGCACGGCCAUAUGCUGUUGGACACCAAGUUCCAGACUGAUAACAGUGUAUACGGGCGCAACCGCUUACAGGCUGCAUCACAAGCGACCCGUAUAGCCAUCACGACGAUGCUCGAGGAGAUUGCCCCAAACCUUUGGGAGGACGACCUAAACAGACUUGUGGACUUUGGCCACCUUAUCAGUCCAGCCUUAGAGAUGAAAGUCCUCCCAUCUCUGCUGCAUGGUGAGGCAGUGAACAUUGAUAUGUCUUACAUGGUUUACGUGUCUCGGGAGAGUGGUCUAUUGACAGAAGAAGAGAAGCAAAGGAUCAUCACCUGCAUGGUGGGCCUAGAGCUGCCUGUCUGGCAUGAGUCAUGUACCAUGGAGCUCAUUCAGAAGUCUCUGCAGGACAGGCUGAAGCACUCUGGUGGCCUAGAAAGAAUGCCUCUGCCUGUUGGCCUGGGGCAAGCAGACAUUUUCAAUAACACAUCUUAUGAGAUCCUGCACAGAGCUUACGAAAAAUGGCAUGAUGAGCUGGGCGUCUCCUCUAACAGCAACUGUGACCCUUAACUUAGCCAUACCACAUCUGCAUCAGUUCAGUCCAUUCAAACUGAACUGUAUGAAAAUAUGUACUGUAUUUUUUUUUUUUCAUUGUUCAUAUUGUUGGGAAAAAUAGAUGUAGUUGAUAGCAUUUACCCUUUCUAUUUUCACAGCAUGUUUUUACAAUUCUUUCUCUGCAAAUGAGUGUAAAACAGCUCAAAUUAGAAAAGAGCUGUUUUUAGUAACAGUUUGUUUGACCGUUUGAUUAUCUUGUAUGUAAAACAAAAGCUAGCUUGUAAUGUGACAAGCAGUUUUCCAACUUCUCUCUUGUUAUGACUGUCAAACGUACCAGUACAUAUGCUUCAUUAAAGUUUUUUAUUGUUUAUCAGAAA